AUGCCAAGCUUCCUGCUCCACUGUCCUCCGGUGAGGCUGUGCACGGCCCUGGCUUGUGUCCUGCUCCUAUGGAACGCAGUGUCUGGCAUAAAAGGAGAAGCCAAGAGAGAAAAGGGAAAGACCUUCCCACCUACCGGUAUAACAGUGUCUGGGAUCGAAGGUGUUCAGAAGGAAAAAGACAAGGCUUUGCUUGGUCCAACAGAGUUGCCUGCAAGGUCUGUGGAUCUGUCAGCACUUAACCUGACCGAGCUCGUGAACAGGAUGCUGAGCAGAGCUUUAAAAGAGAGCAGGCGGUUCUUCUCCCUGCUGAGCAUCAGCUCCUAUAGUUCCUUCGCCUUCCACAAGGUUUCCGUGGCUGUCUACAACAUUUCUAACCUGAAGACAGUGGACCCAGCCAAAUUCCCCACAAGAUUCUGCUACUGUCUCAAUAAUCGUACCAAUGACGUGUCAGAUUUCACAGCCCUCCUGGUGGAUAUUGUGGAGAACUCCACUGGCUCCCUCACAGAGGUUUUCAGGUCCACCUCCCUCCUCUCAGUGAGUCACACCGAUGAGUCUGACUGCAUCUUCAUCUGCGUGAUGGCUGGGAAGGCAGGAAGGAAUCUUUCUGACUUCUGGGAGAUGGCAGAGAAAUCCCCUGUCAUCAACUACACGUUUAUGAGCAGUGUGUCUGGUGUUCUAGGUGCAGCUACCAGGGAAACCACCAGGACUUCCAAACCCAUAACCCAAGUCCAGCAAAUGCUAUGGAGGACAGGCCCUGCACACCCAGUGUCUGCUCUGGGUAGUCCCCUCUGGAGAGGGACAGCCACUGCCUCAGUGAGAGAGCCGACGGAGCGCACCGAGCAGCUUCCUACCGGGACCACAGCCACCAGGAGGACUGCUCCUCCCACCCUUCCAGCCUUGGCUACCAGGAGAGUGACUGGAACACCACGGGUGACCACGGACAGACAGACAUGGGCUUCUAAGCUGUCCACGCCUAGGGCUCAGGCUAUGGAAGAGAAAACCCCUGGGGGGCCUCCCUGGGAAACUCCCUCCUCUACAUCAACAUCUGCAGAGGCCCAGCAGGCCAAGAGCACACAGCGCUUUCUAGAACCUGCUGGGAUAAUGGCCAGGCCCAGCAGCCCAGCCCAGUCCAGCCCUGCCUCAGGAAUGGUCACCACUAGCACACAGACUCUGAAUCCCACCAAGGCACCAGCCCCCAAAGACCUGCAAACAGGUGAGGCCCCUGCAGAGUGGCCACCCACCCCUGGGAAACAACCAGCCCCGGUGCCAGCUCCCCUCCAAGCAUCAAGGUGUCCUCACCCGCUCCUCAAAGAGGGGACCAUGACAGCUGCUCCUGUCACCCUGGCUAUGCAGAAGCUCAACCCCUGCCUGAUGGAGCUGUGUCGCUUCCUCCAGCGAUGCCUCUGUGGGAGCCAGAGAAAGAAUCCUACGACAGAGAUGAUGAGGUACUGUCUGGAAUACUAUUCCUGGUUCCUGAAGAAUGCAACCUCCCUCUGUCAGAAGGUGAAGAGGGUGUCCAACUCACACACCUUAAAGCAGAAAUGCCUUGAGAGCGUCUGCCGGUCGGUGUGA